AUGUCACGUCCGAGCGGCACCAGCACCGUCUCGGUGCGCCACGCCUCCAACGCCAACUCCUCCGCCUUCGUCUCCGCGCCUCUGCCCCCAGCCGACCAGGACGAGAUCUGCCCCGUGUGCAAAACCACCCGCUACUUCAACAAGGACAUGGAGUUCCGGAUCAACACCGAGUGCUACCACCGCAUGUGCAAGACGUGCGUCGAGCGCAUCUUCAAGGACGGGCCCAACCAGUGCCCCUACGCGGAAUGCCACAAGACGCUGCGGCUGAGGGGCUUCAAGACGGCCUUCUUUGGCGACCUGGGCGUCGAGCGCGAGGUGGACAUCAGGAGGAGGGUGGCUGCCGUCUUCAACAAGGCCGAGGACGACUUUGAGAGCCUGGAUGCGUACAACGACUAUCUCUACAUGGUGGAGUGCCUCACCGACGAUCUCGUCAACGGAAACGACGAAGCGCGGAAAAAGGCCGAAGCCCAGCUCGCCGAAUGGGAGGCGCAGCACAAGGCCGAGAUCGAGCGCAACCGCAAGCUCGCCCGCGAGUCCGACGAGACGCGGCAGAAGCGCCUCGCCGCGGAGCAGGACGCCGCUCGCCAGCGCCGCCUCCAGGAGCUGCAGGAGGAUGCCGCCGAGAGGGCCAAUGCCGCGCGCUUCCGGGAGGAGAUGCUCAACUCCCUGCAGAACGCGGAGCUGGGGCACGCCGAGGAGGCCGUCGACCGGAUCCUGCUCAAGAAGCGAGGGCAGCAGAAGCGCGACGCCACGCUGGAUGCCGUCGCGACCAUGGGCGGCAGCGGGCUCUCGAUCCGCGGCCUCAGGGACAAGCGCGCGCCGGUGCAGGACGACAAGCCGUACGACCCCUUUGGCGGCCUGGACCUUGCGCCUCAGCGAAUCGAUCUGUCGCCCGAGAAGCUUUCGCAGUACAAGAGCGAGUGGCUCGACGUCACGCGGACCAAGGAGGACUACAUCGUGGGAGGGUACAGCUCUCAGGAGUACCUCACGCGAGCGCUGUUCGAGGCCUUUUCCGGCCUGGGCGUCUUCGUCGCCGAGGACAAGGACAUGAGAGAGGAGGCGACCGUGGCGGCUUCCCUGGAGGCUGUCACGACGGGGCCAGCGGGCGGCAAGAUGGAUGUGGAUGGUCCUUUUUAG